GUGUUUGCCAAUGUUGGAGGUGUAACCGGGGUCUGUCCCUCGAAAACAGGUGCAGAGGAUGGCGCAAGUGAAGGUGCAGACGUCGGCGCCCGUAUCCGGGCCGGGCCGCUCCCCUGUUGCCCCUCCCGCGGCCCCGCCCGGCUCGGGUCCCCAGGGCCUGCAGGCCUCCGUCAACGGGGCGGGCCCGGUUCCUGUUCCGGCGCCGGUCUCGGCCUGCCUCGGCCCCACGCCCGGCUUCGCGGACUCCGCCGUGUUCGCCAAGCCGCCAGGUUCAGCUGUAGAGUACAUGGCAAACCCUAAAGAGAAGACUCCCAUGUGCCUGGUGAAUGAGCUGGCCCGAUUCAACAGGAUCCAGCCACAGUACAAACUCCUGAACGAACGGGGGCCCGCUCACGCAAAGAUCUUCACAGUGCAGCUGGCCCUCGGGGAUCAAACCUGGGAGGCGGAGGGGACCAGUAUUAAAAAAGCCCAGCACUCCACCGCCUUUAAGGCCCUGACCGAGACCAGCUUACCCAGACCGUCACCGCGGUCCCCCAAGCAGGACGUCAGCAGUAACCCAGGCAGUAUCACCCCCACAGUGGAGCUCAACGGGCUGGCAAUGAGGAGAGGAGAGCCGGCCAUCUACAGGCCGCUCGACCCCAAACCCAUGCCCAACUACAGAGCCAACUACAACUUCAGAGGAAUGUUUAACCAGAGGUACCAUUACCCAGUACCCAAAAUAUUCUACGUGCAGCUAAUGGUGGGGAAUAACGAGUUCAUUGGUGAGGGGAGGACGCGCCAGGCUGCCAGACACAACGCCGCCAUGAAGGCCCUACAGGUGCUACGCAACGAGCCAAUCCCAGAGAAGCCCCCGCAGGGUUCGGAUGAGAAGAAGGAGACGGACGAGAGCGGUGAUGCCAGCAAGUCGGAGAUCAGCCUCGUGUACGAGAUCGCCCUCAAGAGGAACCUGCCUGUCAGCUUUGAGGUCCUCAGGGAGAGUGGCCCGCCGCACAUGAAGAGCUUCGUCACCCGAGUGACGGUGGGCGAGUUCACGGCCGAGGGAGAGGGCAACAGUAAGAAGCUCUCGAAAAAGCGGGCGGCGCUCUCCGUCCUGCAGGACCUGAAGAAGCUGCCUUUCCUCCCUGUGGUGGAGAAGCCCAAACUGCACUUCAAGAAGCGCCCCAAAACCAUUCUGAAGCAGGCGGGUCCGGAGUACGGGCAGGGUAUGAACCCGAUCAGCCGGCUGGCGCAGAUCCAGCAGGCGAAGAAGGAGAAGGAGCCGGAGUACACUCUGCUGUCUGAGAGAGGCAUGCCCCGACGCCGAGAGUUCAUCAUGCAGGUGAAGGUGGGCAGCGAGGUUGCCACGGGAACGGGGCCCAAUAAGAAGGUGGCGAAGCGGCACGCCGCCGAGGCUAUGCUGCAGCAGCUGGGGUACAGAGCGUCCACGCCCCCGGCCCAGAGCCCCCCAGAGCAGCUAAUGGAUAACAAAGGCUGGAACGGACAAAAGGCGGCUUUCCCCGAAUCCACAAGUAACAGCCAGAAGGGCAUACUCCACCUGUCCCCGGACAUGUACCAGGAGAUGGAGGCGAGUCGGUGCAAGGCGGGGCCGGGCGCGCCCCUGAGCUACCUGCCGAGUGGGCCCUACUACAGCGGCGGCGGGAGCACGGCCGCCAUCGCCCGCGAGCUGCUGCUGAACGGGACGUCCCCCACCGCUGAGGCCAUGGGCCUGAAGGGCAAGGCCUGCACCUCCAUACAGCCCUCCCAGCAGCUCGACUACCUGGCCCGGGUGCAGGGCUUCCAGGUGCAGUACAACGACGGGCAAAACGGCAAAGAGUUCAUGACCUACCUGACCCUCUCCCCUGUGCACAUGACCUUUCAUGGCAUCGGGAACUCCAUUGAAGCUAGCCAUGACCAGGCUGCGCUAAGUGCCUUGAAACAGCUGUCAGAACAAGGACUGGACCUGAUGGAUGGACCAAUCAAAGUGGAGAACGGAUCGCGGGAGAAGUACUCGCAGGCGGAACUACCGGGGAAGCACCUGGGCGAGCGAGUGGACAGUACACAGUCUAACUCAGGCACUACCACUCAGGACUACAAGGAGUCGAAGGUCGUCGCCUAGGAGACGCCCCCACCCCCCCCCCCCCCCCAAAGCGUACGCGGGCCGGCGUUGCAUCCGUGUAAACCUGUCAACACACAAGAGUGGACGUGCACCAGGAAAACUGACCAACGAAAAUAUCGUUAAAACGAAUCUAUGUGAAGACAACACUAUCCUGACACGUUAAAUUGUAUCGAUAAUUUUCAAAGAAAACUUAGUCGUUAAUAAGUACUGAGAAAAGACAACUAAAGAAAAAUAAGCACAUGAAUGAAUCAAUGCAUGGUAAUGUUAAAUUAGGGGAAAUUGAACUGAAUGUAUGUAGACAGUUUCCUCUUUUAAUAGGUGUUUUUCCCAGCUAGUUGCCCUGUGGU